AUGACUUUCAGCGUGGCACUGUCACAGGAUGACACCCAGUCCCACACGUCACUUAGUGCUCGCAUUGCCAAAUGGAAAUGUCUACCAGCAGCAAUCUCUGAGCGUUAUUGUGAGAGAACCUCAAGGAAUAGGACUGCUGGGGGAUGCUACGACUGUGGGUCUGAUUGUCAGCAAAGAGCUUGGACCACAGUCCCCUCACAUGUAAGGGUGAAUCAUAAUACAGACCGGGACCCUGAUCUAAACAGCCAUCAUCAGACAACAGCUCCACUGUGUUAUCAAGGUGAAAUUAUAAUGAUAAACGUGCAAAUUAUGGAGCACUUACUGGACUCCUAA